CAAGAGUCAGCAGGGAUUCAGCUCCAUUGUUGCUGCGCAGGAUUGUGAUCUGCGUUCAGGAAGGAAUAUCUCAAGGAUCAAUUCAUUUUACGGGCCUUCUUGGGCAGCAUGUCUGCGGAGGCCCUCCUCACCGGGGUGGGCGAGGUUUCUGAUGAGGCGCCACUGCUGUUCUCAUCACGCCGGUCGCCUGUCCUGAGCCAGAAUGGCAUCGUCUCCUCAUCCCAGCCCCUCGCGACUGCUGCCGGGCUCAGAAUUCUGCAGAAGGGAGGGAAUGCUGCGGAUGCCGCAGUCGCGGUGGCUGCCUGCCUGAAUGUUACUGAGCCCUGCUCCACUGGCAUUGGGGGAGACGCCUUUGCGCUCUUCUACGAUGCAGCCAAGAGGACCGUAAGCUGCGUCCAGGGAAAUGGCCGUAGCCCCUCUGGCCUCACCCAGGACCUGAUACAAGAGCGGGGAAUCAGAGACGCCCUCCCAGUCUAUAGCGGAUUGACCGUCACUAUCCCUGGUGCUGCCGCCGCCUGGGCUGACAUCAUCGAGCGGUUCGGCACGCUCCCGCUGUCCGAAGUCCUCGCCCCCGCCAUCGAGCUCGCUGAAAAGGGCUACCCAGUGUCUCCUAUCACCGCCUCCCAUUGGGCCCGAGGCGUGGAUCAGCUGCAGCAGGGGGGUCCGCACGCAGGGGACAUGCUGAUUGACGGGCGAGCCCCCCGCGCAGGAGAGAUCAUCAAGAUGCCCAAGCUCGGAAACACUUUUCGACUGUUGGCCGAGCACGGCAAGAAGGGUUUCUACGAGGGGGCUGUUGCGGAGGCAAUCGUCAAGGCCGUAAACUCGAAAGGCGGAGUCUCUACGCUCCAGGAUCUCAAGGAGCACACAACUGCAUUCCCCGAGCCGAUCCACACCACCUAUAAGGGCGUUCAGGUUUGGGAAGUCCCCCCUCCGACGCACGGGCUAGCGGCUCUGAUAGCGCUGAACAUUCUGGAAGGUCAGCAGGGGGCUCAUGUCCCACAGGGGCCCGUGGCAUCCCCCCCAGAUCGGUUCGUCUGCAAGUGCACGACGUGCUUUCAGAGGUACACGUUUCCGGACUCGAGCAAGGGCAAGUAUGUGCGCUGCCAAAAGUGCCGGGGGGCAUUCAUGCCAAUGGAGGAGACGCCCAAUGGCGGCGCGCCAGGGCCGCGCACAGCAGCACCUGCGCCCGCUCCCGCUCCGACCCAGCCUCCAGUCGUCCGGCCGGCGCCGCCUCAGCCUCAGCCUCAGGCCCAGGGCGGCGGCACAUUGUUGGGCGACCAUUCGUCGGUGCAGCACUACCACGUGUUGAUCGAGGCCAUGCGGCUCGCGUUCGCGGACUCGCUCGCAUACAUCGCCGACCCGCUCGUUGUGCACUGCCCCAUCCAAGAACUGCUUUCAAAGGAGCACGGAAAGGAGCGCGCGGCCCUCAUCGACCUUGAAAAAGCGAUCCACGUCACGCCCAGCAUCCAGGGCGGAGGCUCGGACACCGUUUACUUUUGCGUUGUCGACGGGAAGGGGAACGCCUGCAGUAUGAUUAACAGUAACUUCAUGGGUUUCGGGACGGGCAUCAUUCCGGAAGGCUGCGGCUUCUCGUUACAAAAUCGCGGAUACGGCUUCAGCCUCGACCCCGCGCACCCCAACUGCAUCGGCCCGCGCAAGCGGCCGUACCACACGAUUAUUCCGGGGCUCGCGACCUACGCCCCGGAAGACGGGGACGAGUCACACGCGGGCGACCUGUUCGGACCGUUCGGCGUGAUGGGCGGCUUCAUGCAGCCGCAGGGGCACCUGCAGGUGAUUGUGAACCUGCUGGACCACGGGAUGGAUCCCCAGGCUGCGCUGGACGCCCCACGCUUCUGCAUCUCGGGCCUCCCCGGCGUGCGCCACUCGGCGGAGCUCAUCGCCAACAGCCAGUGCUACCUCGAGGACCAGCCCGGCGCGCACGAGAAGGCCGCCAAGCUGCGGGCGAUGGGCCACGAGAUCAAGGUCCUGAGCAGCCACGAUCGGGCGAGCUUUGGACGAGGCCAGAUUAUUGUCCGAGACCGGAAAACGGGGGUUCUUUGGGCGGGUUCGGAUCCACGAGCGGACGGGUGUGCCAUGGGUUGGUGACGUGUUUUCGAAGACCGGGUAUCCUUUCUCUUCGUUUGUGCUUGCGUCGUUUGUACUGACUACCUAUGCUGAAGCAGAUAGGAUCACUGUGGUAGUAAUGGACAGGAAAAACAGAACCGCCACAAAAAGCAUAGGAAAUACUGCUGAUACUGUGGGCUGCGCAGAUAUUGUGUCCGCGAC